AUGAAUACAAAAUAUAUCCAAAAGGAUGGGGUCGAUGCAUCCAUGUUAGUGAAUUUUUGUAAUGUUCAAUUGCUAGCUAAGCAACUUGAAUGGGCAAUUGAUAUUUUGGAAAUUGCACUUCUAGAUACAAUGCUUGUUUUUGGAUUUGGCAACAGUUCUAGUCAUAGAGCCUUCGCUGAAGAUGCAUUG